CGAGGAUGCAGUUCUUAUACUUCUCUGGCUGUUCCGCGGCCAUCAUCAUCGUGCUCCUGACCUACCAGAAAUUGGCGGACUCCGCGCAACUCCCUCAGCCCGCUCCGGCUCAAUCAGCUGUGAGAGCGCAUGGAUUCGAUAGACCGUCGUCAUCCACCGCGAACAAAAUAAUCAAGGAAGAAUCUGUCAUCCUAUCGCUAGAAGAACGAAUUCGCCAUCUGGAGAACCGGAUCCACGACCUGGAAAAAAGCUCGCGGAUGAAACCGUACCCGAAUGUUCGGGAAUUGCCUCUGACCGCCAAGAGAAGGAUUUUAGUAACCGGAGGUGCAGGAUUCGUUGGAAGUCAUCUAGUCGACCGCCUGAUGCAGGAAGGACAUCAGGUCACAGUUGUGGACAAUUUCUUCACCGGAUCGAAACGCAAUGUCGCCCAUUGGCUAGGACACCACAAUUUUGAGAUGAUUCAUCAUGAUAUCGUGAACCCUCUAUUUCUCGAGGUCGAUCAAAUUUAUUCGUUGGCAUCACCGGCGUCGCCUCCGCAUUACAUGCUUAAUCCAGUGAAGACGAUUAAGACGAAUACCCUCGGGACUAUCAACAUGUUGGGAUUGGCGAAGCGUGUCGGGGCGAGGCUACUUAUCACGUCCACGUCGGAGGUCUACGGCGAUCCUGAAGUUCAUCCCCAACCGGAAGAGUACUGGGGACACGUCAAUCCCAUCGGGCCCAGAUCGUGCUAUGACGAGGGCAAGCGUGUAGCGGAAGCCUUGUGCUAUGCCUAUGCAAAGCAAGAGAAUGUCGAAGUGCGAGUCGCUCGAGUUUUCAAUACCUACGGACCGAGGAUGCACGUGAACGAUGGCCGAGUUGUCAGCAACUUCAUCUUACAGGCCCUCCAAGGGCAGGACAUAACGAUCUACGGAAGCGGCCGGCAGACCCGCUCUUUCCAGUACGUGUCGGAUUUGGUCGACGGACUCGUUCUCCUCAUGAACUCGAAUUUCUCUCAGCCAGUCAACCUAGGAUAUCCGGAUGAAUACACAAUUUCCGAAUUCGCGCACCUAAUCAAAGACCUCGUUGGGAAUUCCGAUGCGAAAAUCGCACAUUCGGAUCAGGUUGAAGACGAUCCUCAACGACGAAAGCCAGAUAUCACUCGAGCCCGAAGAGAGCUCAACUGGUCUCACAAGGUCCAACUGCAAGCCGGCCUACAGAUGACGAUCGACUACUUCCGGAAGGAGCUCAGAAAUACUCCGGCGGUGCCGUCAACCGAUCAAGUUUACGAGAAUGCAAUCGAGCUCUGAACGAUGCACGAACUCCUAUCCCUGUGAGAUCCGAGAUUACUGAACCCUAUGUGGGUGUGUUGAAAAGUGAUUAUUCUUUGUGAUUUCGAAACCUCGAGCUCUUCAACUUAAGCCAAAGCCACUGUGAGCCUGAUCGCGCUUUUCGCGUUCGCGCGGUCGAAAUCUAGAUCAUCUUAUGGGUACAAGCGUGGACAAUUUCUUUUCUUCGUUAGUUUUCAAAUGAUUGUUAUCGUAUCCACUGUUGAUGAUUUUUCCGAGUUGGAAGAUGCCAGAUACGGUGUCGCAAUCGCAGUCGCUAUUCGGAAUAAAGACUGAAGUUUUCC